AUGGCUCACACCGUACCCACACACGAUUACUACGUUACCUUAGAGGUGCUACCUACUGCACUUCAUGACGAGAUCAAGGCAUCGUAUCGCCGUCUCGCACGAUUGCAUCAUCCGGACAAAAACAUCGGAUGUCAACACGCGACUGCGAAGACCCAGCUUAUUAAUGCAGCAUGGGAGAUCCUAGGAGAUGUAGACAAGAGAGUCGAAUAUGAUCGAAGCCGACCACAGCCAAAGGCGCCAUCAUCUGGCAGUCGAUCUGGUCCUCAACCUACGUCCACCCAACAACCGAGGUAUCAAGCAUCCCCUUGUCACGACACAACAGCUCAAGACGAAGCACGUGCGCAAGCAGAAAGCGACAGAAAGCGACGAGAGUGGCUAGAAUUUGAGAGAUACCAAAUGGAGCAAAUCCGACGGUCUCGGAAUAUCGUCAAGCCCCUCGUGGCCGAAAUCGACCGCCUGAAUGCCACAAUUGAUGAGAAUCGAACAAGAUUAGCGAACGAUGUUCCAUACGCCUGGAAUGUUUUUGCAUUCUUGAGCAAAAGACUAAGUGACCAAGAGAAGAGUGAGAUCAGAUUGGCCUCCAUCAACGCGGACAACGCUAUUCGGAUCAAGCAGAUACCCCUAAAUAAAGCCACAGCACAACUGAAUCAGCUCUGUGACCAACUCGCACAGCGACGCGUUCAAGAAGAGAAACGUAUAGCGGCUGAGAAGGCUCACAAAGCAAAUAUAGAGCGGCUUGCAAGAGAGAGGGCCUACGAGGCACUACGCCAAGAGCAGGCAAGACAGCAGGCUGAGCGGAACAAGGCUGCCCAAGAAGUGGCAGAGAGAUUCCGACAACAGCAAGCGGAGCAAGCAAGAGAAUCUGCAGAGCGCGCGAGAAAGGAACGUGCGGCUUGGGAGGCAAUAUUGAAAGCCUGUCAAGAAGAAGCACAGGAAAGACUUAGAAAGCAAGAAGCAGACAAAGAGCGAACCAGAAGAUCCAAUGAACGUAACGCAAGCUUCGGUAACUGUGACCACAAGCUUUGGUGGAACAAAGUUGAAGGUCAUCACAUCUGUGCGCAUUGCACCCGACCACUAUUCAAGUUUGCAGAGCAAUGUCCCAGCUGCAACACUAUAGCCUGCGCGUCCUGCCGACACAUCUUGAAAACAGGAGGCGUUCCAUCUGCAUACAAGAACGAUGGACAUUGGAGUACGGGACAUGCGCGGCGUUGGAAUCGCAGGGGCUGAUACAUUGGUAGUGCAUUCCUUUGCGCAUGACUUGGAUUGAGGUAUUCAUUAGCACUUGUGCUUGAAGCGUACUUGGAGAUGCGCAGAGUCAGCGAUGGGCUUGGAGUACGAGUUGGAGUUCUUGUUCUGUGCGUCGGGGGUAUCAAGGUGUCCGAUCGGCCAUUGAUGGAGCUCUUGCCCAUGAAGACAAUAUGCGGCGCUUUUUUUCAUCUGACCGUUUCUCCAUAUCUGAAGUGGGAAUCUCUACUUGACACCGAUCUUUUGGCCGUAAAUUGUUUGCUUGUAGACACCAGUCUAGAUAUGUCCCGGACAUGGAAGAAUGCAAUGAGCCGACGGUGUCUGAGUUCCCACUUCGUUCGCCAACCCCGCUUCGCAUCUUCUCACUACGUCAA